AGAUGAUGCCUGCCAUGAGGCUGUUCACCUGCUUCCUGCAGCUUCUGGCUGGGCUGGCGCUGCCCGCCGUGCCCCCUCAGCAGUGGGCCUUGUCUGCUGGGAACUCGUCAGAGGUGGAAGUGGUGCCCUUCCAAGAGGUGUGGGGCCGCAGCUACUGCCGGGCCCUGGAGAGGCUGGUGGACAUUGUGUCCGAGUACCCCAGUGAGGUGGAGCACAUGUUCAGCCCGUCCUGCGUCUCCCUGCUGCGCUGCACAGGCUGCUGUGGUGAUGAGAACCUACACUGUGUGCCCGUGGAGACGGUCAACGUCACCAUGCAGCUCCUGAAGAUCCGCUCUGGGGACCCACCCUCCUAUGUGGAGCUAAUGUUCUCUCAGCACGUGCGCUGUGAGUGCAGGCCUCUGCGGGAGAAGAUGAAGCCAGAAAGGAGAAGAUCCAGGGGCAGGGGGAAGAGGAAGAGAGAGAAGCAGAGACCCACAGACUGCCACCUGUGUGGCGAUGCUGUCCCCCGGAGGUAACCAGCCCCUCGGCAGAGAGAGGAGGAGAGAGACCCCACUCCCGGCUCGUGUAUUUAUUACCGUCACACUCAGUUAC